CUGUUUCUCUCUCUCUCUCUCUUUAAUCUGCUUCAUUUAGCGCGACAAAAAUUUGAGGGGAUGAUAGUGCGAUGUGAGAAUUGCAGUUCUCGACAUAGGUAAGAGAAAGUAGGAUUUGGUGGCUACGGAGUCCGAAAUGUGUUGCAGUCAGUCCCGACAUAGGCAACUUGAUUUGCUAUUGAGGAAUGUGGUCAGUUGUUGUUCACUGAGAUCCAUAGGGAGAAUAAAAUUCUGAGAGAUACAGAGAUGAAGGGUGGGGGUGCUUCAUCGUCAUACUCCCUUACGGCUAAGAGAAGAUGGAAAGGUCUGGUGAUGGCGGUGCUUGGCCUAGUAUUUCUCUCCAUGCUCGUCCCGCUUCUAUUCUUGCUCGGCCUCCACAGCGGUUUCCACUCUACCACUGGAUAUGGUACUGAACAACAGAAUUCAGCCUCAAACGAUUUAAGGGUUUUUGAUCAACACAAUCCUGCUGAUAAAAGCAAUCAAUCUAAGGUUCACCAAUCAACUCAUACAGAUGAUCUUAUAAGGAGAUUGGUUCCAACUCUACCGCAGGGUGUUGCUGAUAACUUUGUUAAGGAAGCUGAGAACAGUACCAAUGGUUUUUCUGUGCCAGCGGCUGUGCCAAAAAAAGAUCAAAGGGACAACAAACCUCCUAUUGUCAGAGAUAGAACUAGUUACAAUAUGAUAGUGGCUGACGAGAGUGAAAUGACAUGUCAAUUAAAGUUUGGGAGUUAUUGCUUAUGGCGCCGGGAACAAAAGUCAAAGAUGGAUGACUCUGUGGUGAAGAGGAUGAAGGAUUUACUGUUUGUUGCUCGUGCUUAUUAUCCGAGUAUUGCAAAACUUCCUACACAGGAGAAAUUGUCUCAUGAAUUGAAGCAAAAUAUUCAGGAAUUUGAGCGUGUUCUAAGUGAAACUACAACAGAUAAAGACCUUCCUCGCCAGAACAUGCAGAAGAUGACUAUGAUGGAGGCUUCUAUAGCCAAAGCGAAAUCAUGCCAUGUGGACUGUAAUAAUGUUGAUAAAAAGUUUCGACAACUAGUUGACCUGACUGAGGAUGAAGCAAAUUUUCACAUGAAGCAAAGUGCCUUCCUCUACAAACUUUCUGUUCAAACUAUGCCUAAGAGUCUACAUUGCCUAACGAUGAGAUUGACUGUAGAAUAUUUCAGAUCUCCUGUGGACGUUGAGCAGGAGGCACUGGUUAAGAAGUUUGUAAACCCAGACUUGUUCCACCAUGUCAUCUUCUCCAGGAAUAUACUACCAUCAUCCGUAGUAAUAAAUUCAACCAUACUACAUGCAAAAGAAAGUGAUAAGCUGGUUUUUCAUCUGCUGACAGACGAGGAAAAUUACUUUGCUAUGAAAUUAUGGUUUUCCAGGAACAAGUAUGGGGAUGCUGCCAUUCAGGUUCUGAACAUCGAGGACCUUAAGUUGUAUAGUCAUCGUAAGAUGGCACCAGUACAUCUGUCAUUGCCUGAAGAAUUUCGUGUUUCCUUUCCUAGGGUUGAUAAAAUGUCUUCUAGCCUAUUUAGAACGCAAUACCUAUCUAUGUUUUCACAUUCCUUCUAUCUCCUUCCUGAUAUUUUCCAAUCUCUAGAGAAAGUUGUUGUUUUAGAUGAUGACAUCGUUGUUCAGAGAGACUUGUCACCCCUGUGGAACCUUGACAUGGGGGGAAAAGUAAAUGGUGCAGUGCAGUCAUGUGCAGUGAAGUUGUUUCACCUGAAAAAAUACUUGCCUAACAGCAGAUUUGAUGAAAAUUCAUGUUCCUGGACGUCUGGGAUAAAUAUCAUUGAUAUAUCUCAGUGGAGGAUACAUAAUCUUACCAAAACAUAUCAACAGUUGGUGCAUGGGAUGAGCAGAGAAGAUGGAUUAUCUGAAACUAGUACAUUAAGCGCCGGCUUGCUCACAUUUCAAGGUACAAUUUAUGUUCUUGAGGAUAGUUGGAUGUUAUCUGGUCUGGGAUAUAACUACGAAAAAAAUUUGGAAGCCGUGGGUGCCGCUGGAGUAUUGCACUUUGAUGGGAGCAUGAAACCGUGGCUUGAGCUUGGGAUUCCCAAGUACAAAAGUUUUUGGAGGAAGUAUCUCAACUCACAAAAUCACUUCUUGAGCGAGUGCAAUGUAAAUCCUUAGAAGUCACUAUGGUUGCUCUUUUUAUCUGAAAAUUUGAGGUGAUGUAGUACUCUACACAGAAGGUAUCCAACGGCAAACUUCAACCAUGGUCAAGUUUGACUCAGGUAUCUAUCUAUUUAUAGCUAGCUGAGGAGGUAAAGGGCAUCUCUGAUUUGUGGCAAUUGCUGUGGUUGAACACAAUCAAAUUUUCACAUACACAUUUUAUUAGACGUGUGCAUGGAGUAAACACCAAAGUUCACUUCUGGCCGAAAGUGAAUUGAUNAGCAAAAACAUUUUUUCAUGUGUGCCUGUGGGAGGACUAGCAUUCAAGAAUCUUGGCUGGAAACUGAUUGUAAUACUAAUUAUGUUAAUACC